AGCCAUUUUUUUUUCCUCGGGGCUCGACUGGCUCGCAUUUCUGGGGCGAUGUUGAGUUCUCCGUCGGCCGCGGCUGGCGCAGCGGCUUUCGUGGCCCUGGAGCCCUUGAGGCCGAGGCAGAUCCCGAGUCAACGGACGUCCAGCGCCAACGGCGCCGUGGCUGUGGGCUCUUCGCGGCCGAACGGUGCUAGCAGCGCCUCGUUUUGGACCACCUCGCUGUUCGCGUGUGCGGCGCUGUCCAGGUUUGCCAGACGGCCGGCGCGGCCGGUGACAAAAACCGCCAGACCGGCGUACGCCUCGGCUCCGCAGACCUAUGAGGGCGCUCCGAUCGGCCCUCCUCCGGAUUUGCCAUCACUCCUGUUGAAAGAACGCAUCGUCUAUCUUGGUACACCCAUCACCGCUGAGGUAACAGAGCUGAUCAUUGCCCAGCUGCUGUAUUUGAACUAUGAGUCUGCUGACAAACCGAUCACUCUGUACAUCAACAGUACUGGAUCCACCAUCAAGAACAACACCAGGUAUAUCGGUGAGUCCAAGGUGGGGAUGGAGACGGAUGCCUUCGCCAUUGCGGAUUGCAUGGGGUACAUCAAACCUGACAUCCAGACCAUUGCCAUUGGACAGGCGUAUGGUACUGCAGCUGUGCUGCUGGGAUUGGGCAAAAAGGGUAAACGUUUCGCGUUGCCCAAUGCGACGGUGAUGCUCUCGGAGCCGCGGGAACCGCCAGCACGAGGCCCACGACAGGCCUCGGACAUUCGGAUCCUGGCGCGCGAGGUGCUGCAGAACCGCUCCACCAUGAGCGAGUUGUUGUCCAAGGCGACUGGCAAAAGCAAGGAACAGGUGGUGGAGGACACCAAUCGAUGCUACUACAUGACGCCUGAUGAAGCUGUAGAGUAUGGCCUCAUCGAUAAGGUCCUGACCCCGGAGAAGAUGAAAGCGGCCGGGGACAAGGAGGUGCCCUCCUUUGUCUCUGCCAUGGCUUCCUGAGCAGAUUGUAAGAACGGACACCAGCGGACACUUAGGUGAUCUUAGUGAUCUUAGGUGGUCAGAAAUGUGCUUCAUAGAUGUUCAGAAAGUAUGGUUUAACAUGGUUUAACAUGGUUUAACAGGAUUGAAUCAUCGCCUACUUGGGGCUACCCGGACUAUUCACCAGCUUGUCCACCCAACAAUGGAAAAGGGGACAAGUGCGGGUCAAGCCCCGCAGUGCC